AUGCAUUCCUUCACCAUUAACAUGAAACUCUCCAUUCUAUUGGCCAUUACAUUGCUCAUCACCACUACCUUCAUCACUGCCCAACUCCCAUUCUCAUUCCUUGAAGUGUGUCCACACGAAACCAAGGACAAUUUCAUUCCAAUUCUCGACACACCAUGCUCCCAAGAUUUUCACAUUUCCGUAGCUCCUCUCACUCGUGUCAAUGUAACCAGCUUACCAAUCAAAGGUUCCUGUGGAGAGAGUUAUUAUCAUGUCGAUGCAUUCGGUGUCAGUGGAUAUUUAUCUGUCAAAUAUGCCUGUAAUGCAUAUGACAGAAUUUAUAGAAGUGGAGAUGUUGUAAAAUCAUGUAAUAAUGGUGGAGCUAGUUUGUUUUCAAGUGCUGCAGUGCAAGUUUCUCAAGGUUUGUUGAGUGCUGGACAAGUUGCUUUGGUUUUGAGUGAACCAAUUUAUGUUUCGGCUAAGGAUGAUUAUUCGUAUAGAGUUUUGGUUGAUCAAAAGGUGUACUAUGUGAUGAGGAAUCAAGUUUGUGCCUUGUCUUUUGCUAAUUAA